AGUAACGAAACUAUAUAGAUCUAUAAAGACAUCGUUUAAAGUUUAGAUUUCUAGAUCUAUUUUCUAGAUCUAGAGUCUAUAGAUCUAGUAGGUCUAGAUCUAACCAAAAUGUAACGGCUCUUGAGACACUGAUGGAAAACGAGCUGUUUACAUUUCACUGAUUAAUGCCCCGUCUAGAUCCUCUAUAGAGAAUGCCCUUAGUUAAGUUUGUACAACAACGUCAACGCAGUUAUUGGAUUGCUCAGAGCACUAAACGAUUUGGUAUUUUCAGCCAAUAUGAAAUAAAGAACGAGAUGGGCAGAGGGCCAAACUCCAUUGUAUAUCAGUGUCAGAGGAAAGGUUUAACAGAUAUGUACAGUGUGAAAUGUAUGAGAAAAAAUUUAGCGAAAAAGGUUUCUUUAGUUGAUGCAGGUAUCCUUCUCAAGCUGGACCAUAAAAAUUUGGCAAGACUACAGGAAAUAUUUGAGACAAGAACAAAAAUAUAUGUUGUACAGGAGCUAUUGACUGGUGAAAAUUUACUUGAGAGGGUAGCUAAUUUAGAAGUGUCCACCUAUAAUGAACUCUUGAUAACAAAAUUAGUGAGAGAUAUCGUGCUUGGAAUCAAGUAUCUUCACUUCUGUGGUGUGUAUCUUGGAAAUCUUAAGCCAGAAAAUUUAAUAUUCAAUAGCACCUCUGAUGAUGCUCAUGUUAAAAUUACUGAUUUUGUCAUGUCGACCAUUGUGGAACAAGAAGUGUUAUUAGCUUCCAUUACAAGGCAGCCCUAUUACACGGCUCCUGAAAUUUUAAAAAAUAUCAAAGCUGAUUUAAUUUCUGAUAUGUGGAGCUUAGGAACUAUAGCAUAUAUUCUACUGUUUGGGGUUGAACCAUUUUACCAUGAUGACCCUAUGGCUCUGUAUAAAAAGAUCAUUAAAGGCCAAUAUGAGUUUCCUCCCCAUGAUCAGGAUGAUUUAAGUGCAGGAGCUAAGGAAUUUCUCAGAAAGUUAUUGUUAGUAGAUGUUCAAAAACGGAUGACUUCCGAAAUGGCCUACUUAAACUACUGGGUCAACAGCAUUAAUGUGAAGACAAGGCCUUUGACUGAAGUGUUAAUAAGAAUGAAGGAGCUGAACACUGCUAGGAAGAAUCGGGCCAGACUGCUUCCUAUCACCAUUAGCUUCUCAGGGGCCACAAGCAUCAAUGAAGGCUACUUGUACUUAGUGGAAGAUGUGAAUAAGACUGAGACCACAGACAAUGUUCCACCUAACUCUUUUGACAGUACCAAUGAUAAUGUACAUGUGGAUGUGAGCAGGGAAGUAAAAGACUCAGAAGAUGCUGAGGCUCUGAAAAACAAGGAAUCAUUUCUGGACACUAAAGAAAAAUAUGGAGAUACUUUAUCUCCAGUUUAAGAAUCCUUGGGGGGAAAAACUCAUGUCUAGUUUGGGAAGUGUAUUUUCUAGUCUGCUUUAGGGAAAUCAUUCAACAACUUCUGUUGCAACAUCUUUAAAAUUAACAGUCACUUUGUCAAUUUAGUUUGAAAACAGUUAACAAUUUGAUGUUGUCUCGUGCACUGGAAACUAUCUUUUUGUUAAUCUUUGUUAAGGGAGGUAAUAACUUUCAAUAAAACUUACCGACUGAAAUAAGUUGUAGCCCUUUAUCAAAGUAAUGAAAAAAAAAUUUCAUGACAUUGUUAGCAAAAAUAAACAGUAAGAAAUAAAGAACAAAAAUCCUUGCUAAAAAUGUAAAAACUGUAUAAGAAUAAAAUAAAACCAUAUCAAAAUGAA